AGAAGUGUCGUUUCACGUCCUCAUAACGUGGCAACACUGUCUCCAGAUACACACAAAUAAAACCACAAAUCACACAGCACAAACAAACACUACAUCACUCACUCUUCUCUCUCUCAAACAAAAACUCUUGUUUCUCUUCUCAUCAAUCUUCCAUUUUCGAUUCCUUUCAUUUCAUCAAAAAUGGCCAAAGACCCAGUUCGUGUUCUUGUCACUGGUGCCGCAGGGCAAAUUGGUUAUGCUCUUGUCCCAAUGAUUGCUAGGGGAGUGAUGCUCGGUCCUGAUCAACCCGUGAUUCUUCACAUGCUUGAUAUUGCUCCUGCAGCAGAGUCAUUGAAUGGAGUUAAAAUGGAGUUGGUGGAUGCUGCAUUUCCACUUCUUAAAGGUGUUGUUGCUACAACUGAUGUUGUCGAGGCAUGCACUGGAGUCAAUAUUGCUGUCAUGGUUGGUGGAUUCCCAAGAAAAGAAGGUAUGGAGAGGAAGGAUGUGAUGUCUAAGAAUGUCUCUAUUUACAAGUCUCAGGCUUCUGCCCUUGAGAAGCAUGCUGCUGCCAACUGCAAGGUUCUGGUUGUUGCUAACCCAGCAAAUACCAAUGCAUUGAUCUUGAAGGAAUUCGCUCCAUCUAUUCCAGAAAGAAACAUUUCUUGUUUGACUAGACUGGAUCACAAUAGGGCUUUGGGACAAAUUUCUGAAAGAUUGAAUGUUCAAGUUUCUGAUGUAAAGAAUGUCAUAAUCUGGGGUAAUCAUUCAUCAACCCAGUAUCCUGAUGUCAACCAUGCAACUGUUAACACCCCAGCUGGGGAGAAGCCUGUCCGCGAACUUGUUUCCGAUGAUGCAUGGUUGAAUGGAGAAUUCAUUUCCACUGUUCAACAACGUGGUGCUGCAAUUAUUAAGGCUAGAAAGCUUUCAAGUGCUCUAUCUGCUGCUAGUGCUGCCUGUGACCACAUUCGCGAUUGGGUUCUUGGAACUCCCCAGGGUACCUUCGUUUCAAUGGGAGUGUAUUCUGACGGUUCCUACAAUGUACCAUCUGGAUUGAUCUAUUCAUUCCCUGUUACCUGUGCCAAUGGUGAAUGGAAAAUAGUUCAAGGACUUUCAAUUGAUGAGUUUUCAAGGAAGAAGUUGGACUUGACAGCCGAAGAGCUGUCCGAGGAAAAGAAUUUGGCUUACUCUUGCCUCUCUUAAGCUGCUUUAUUUUUGUCUAUAGAAGUAGUAGCCUCAAUUUUGAAUAAUGCUCCUUCUAGAUACAUGAACUAUGAGUGUCUCGUCUUUGGAAUUACUUGUAUUGCAAGUCUAACGGAUUUUGGUCACAGUGGUGAUACAAGAAUUUCGAUGUUUGUUGGGACUGCACAAGCGUGCAGUUAAAACACAUACAUCUAAUCCUUGUGAUUGAGUACCAUGCAAUUGUAUUGCAAAAUAAAGCCACCAUGGACUUCAUUAUGAAUUUAGAGAACUUAUUAUGAAAGCAAGAGUUCAUUUUUUCGUA